AAUGACCUGAGAUACACGACCUGUGAACUGAUACCAGAGGUUAGUCACUGGCAUGGUCUCAAAGAUCUAAGGACAAUACUAUGGAAAGUCAGCUUCACAAGAAUCUUUUGUAAGGUAAUACAAUUGGCGAAAAUUACUGUUCAAAUCACAUCAGAUCGCGAGUUAAAUCAAUGAGAUAUGGCAAUUUAUCAGACUGCCAGAAAUUGGUUAUUGCUCCUAGCCUCAGUGCAAGCAAUGCCAAAUAACCAACAAAAUCAAGCUGUCACAGAAUAUCAAGAGUUUAUGGAGAACACCCCACAGAAUGUCCAAGACUGUUGCAAUGGCUGGUGCUCUGGACCUCAUUGCUUUUAUUCAAAUUGUAACCCAUGGACGCGCAAGUAUAGUACUGAAGAGUCUUGUCCUGGUGACUAUUCUAUUUGUUCUAGUACUCCGGUCUGUCAAGGGGGACCUGGAUUUCUCUGCAAGGGUUCUAAUAUGGUAAUAUGUCCGGGAAAUAUGUACUAUAGUACCCAGAGUUGUUGUAUCAGUGUGGGCUGUGGACCAAAUUGCUAAGAUCAUUAAUAUAAAAUAAGUAUUAAUGAUCACGUUGAAUCUUGUUUAUCUGAAGCUGCUCUAGAAAAU